UCCUACUCGGUCAAGGCUAUUGGGAAAUUAUAUUUUAUUGCAAAAACAGAAAUAUUGGGGGCCAAAGGUGAUUAUUAAAGGUAAUUAAAGGAUCUAAAUAUGCUCUAACAAGUUCAAGAGCUAGUGCUUCUACUUCCUUUACUUUUUGUAUGGUUAUAGUCCGAACAAUACCGGUUAGCCUAGUUUCCCAUAUCAACAAUCGAGUGAUUCACCUCUUCUGCGCAUUGAUGAAGUAGAUAUGUCGCCCGGUCAUUCACGUACACCGCAGCACAAUGAUCUACUUGAUGCCCCGUCAACGCAAAUACUGAACCACUCAUAGUCCAAUCUCAAUUUCCACUUGCAUCAGGAUGAACACCACUGCAGCGUCAGGAUCUGGCGAGACUGCCACUUCGACCAUCGUGUCACCGACAGCAAAAGUCGCAGAGGUUAGAGUAUCCUCGCAAAGGUUAUCUGAGCUCAUCGAAAAUAGUUCUUACACCUCAGAGAAAGCAAAGGAAGCUGUACCAAAAGCGACUGCUGAUGAACCGGCCAUCAAGGCACCUAUGGAAGGCAGCAACACCUCUCCUCCUGCACCUUCUGAGCCAUCGUCGACACCAACUAGCAGCGGUCCACAGACCGCGAAGGACGAGGCUUCUGCAAGCUCUCUCGUAACUGACACUACAACCCCCGCAGACGUUUUUAGCUCGCUAGCAGGUAUUCGCGUUUUGUUACUUGAUCCUCUUGAUGGAAUUCGCAUCACCCCUAUGGAUCCUGACACCAACUCCACAGUUUCUGCGAUAUCGUCUCCGUCAACCACUCCCUUAUCGCUUGCUGACUCUUCUGUUCAGCCAAUGCCCACCCGUAGCAUCCAUGUUACCGUGCCUGUGGGCACCACGGCAGCUUCAGGCUCAGGGACUGCUGCCGCUACUUCUGCCACUGGUCUAGCAAACCCACAACUUCCCGCAAUCAGCAUUCGAACAAGAAGAUCUGACGAUAGAGACGUCGACUUACAUGUCCGUUGGGCCGAUGAGGUAGAGCCUGCCGCAGUUCCGCCCGAUUCGUCGCCACGUCCUCCCACACCGCCCGCCGCCGCUGCUGCACCAGAACCGGAGGAACCGGAUCGCCACUCGCUUCCAGAGCUUCAUCAUCACCAAGCCCCAGCUCAGCCACCCAUUCACAUCACUACGAGUUGGAAUCCUGCCAUAGUUUACCUGCAGUGAGUACUUUCCGUGAUGGUUGGAUUCCAAGCUGUUCUACUAACCUGAUAUGUAGCCAACAGUCGCCGUCCGCCAUCAAUUGCCAUCAGCCACAGAUGGUCAUGGGCCACCAACACCCGACGCUCAUCCAUCAACAGCCUGCUACAGUUGCUAGUAACCA